GAUUUCUCACUCGACCAAAACAUAUCGAAGUGCAGAUGCUUGGAGAUGGGGAAGGGAAUAUAGUCCACCUCUUCGAAAGAGACUGCACGAUCCAGAGAAAACACCAGAAAAUCAUCGAGAUAGCACCUGCACCAUCUUUGCAGCCGGAACUGAAACAGCGAAUUACCGAAUCGGCUUUGAAGCUAGCAGGACGUGCAAACUAUGAAAACGCGGGCACGGUAGAGUUCUUGGUUGAAGGAGACGAAUUCUUCUUCAUAGAGAUGAAUCCGCGGAUUCAAGUAGAACACACGGUCACGGAAGAGAUAACUGGAAUCGACCUCAUCCAAGCUCAACUACAAAUUGCUUGUGGCAGAUCUCUUGCAGACUUGAAUCUGCUGCAACACCAGAUUGCCCAACGAGGUGUUUCAAUCCAAUGCCGCAUCACGACUGAAGUGCCCUCUCAAAACUUCCGACCGGACACUGGAACUAUAACAUCCUUCAAGAUACCCUCCGGUCAUGGAAUACGUAUCGACAGCGCCGCGCUCGGUCCCGGCUCAAUUGUCAAGCAGCAUUACGACCCUAUGGUUCUGAAGUGCAUCAGCCACGCGUCCGACUUCGACCAAGCAAAGAGCAUCAUGAUCCGUGCUUUAAGGGAGUUGGAAAUUCAAGGGGUCGAAACAAACAUGGACUUCCUGAUCAAAAUCUUGCUUACACCUGAACUUCAACAUGCAAAACACUGGACGACAUUUCUCGAAGACACACCGAGCUUGAUGCAACUGGAACCCGCUCCGGAUUCGAUUGAAAAGUUGCUUGCUUUCUUGGGGGACGCAGUGAUUAACGGGACAAGAGUGAUUGGUCAAACGAAACCCCCAGCCAGAAUGACUCCCCUGGAACCAGCCCGUCUUUCUACCUCUUCUGGCAAGCACCCCGCGCUGCUAGACACACCAUGUCAGUCCGGCUGGAGAAACGUUCUCCUGGAAAGAGGCCCCAAGGCUUUUGCGCAAGCGGUUAGGGACCACAAGCACACACUCAUUACGGAUACAACCUGGCGUGAUGGACAGCAAUCGCUGCUAGCUACUAGGGUACGAACCAAGGAUUUGUUAGGAGUCGCAACAGCUACAAGUCAUGCAUACAGUAAGGCGUACAGUUUGGAAUGCUGGGGAGGAGCGACAUUCGAUGUGGCGUAUCGGUUCUUGUUCGAGGAUCCUUGGGAGAGGCUGAGAUCACUCCGGAAGACAGUGCCAAACAUUCCUUUCCAGAUGCUGCUCAGAAGCACCAACGCAGUGGCGUACUCAGCGCUACCAGACAACGCCUUGACGCACUUUGUCCAUCUCGCCAAACAAAACGGUAUCGACAUCUUCCGUAUCUUUGACAGCCUCAACGACACUGCCAACCUCGAAGUUGGGAUCCGAGCCGCUCUAUCCGCCGGCGGCGUAGUCGAGGGUGCGAUCAUGUAUACGGGCGACAUGCUGGGCGUAUGCAAGUAUAGCCUCGCAUACUACAUGGACCUCGUCGACAAGCUCGUCACUUUCGGGGUGCACAUCAUCGCCAUCAAGUCGAUGUCGGGAGUAAUGAAACCCAGUGCGGGGAGGAUCUUAGUCCGCACAAUCAGAGAGAAGUACCCAGACGUCCCCAUCCACAUGCAUACGCACGAUACGAAUGGCACAGGUGUGGCGACGAUGCUAGCGUGCACUGAAGCCGGAGCAGAUAUCGUGGAUACAGCGAUUGACAGUCUAUCUGGAACAACGUCACAGCCAGCAGCAAGCGCAAUGAUUGCAUCACUUGAAUACAGCCUCAAUUCUGCCGAGUUGAGCCUGAAUGCCAUAUCGCAGAUCGACGCGUACUGGGCCCAGCUGCGCCUCAUGUAUGCCGGGUUCGACGCAGACCUCCGCUCGCCAGACUGCACCGUGUAUACCCACGAAAUUCCUGGUGGACAGUACUCAAACCUGCAGUUCCAAGCGCGCCAGCUCGGACUCGGCGCACAAUGGGAAGAAACCAAAGCCGCAUACACAGCUGCAAAUGCCUUACUAGGCGAUAUCAUCAAAGCGACCCCAACAUCCAAAGCGGUCGGCGAUCUGGCGCAGUUCAUGGUCGAAAACAAGCUCUCUCCUUCUACCGUCCAGACCGACGCUGCAAAACUAGACUUCCCAGCUUCAGUCCUCGAUUUCUUCGCGGGGAAUAUGGGAUGUCCGUUUGAUGGAUUUCCGGAGCCCCUCCGCACACAUGCGCUGCGGUACUCACCAAAGAGCGACAAAAAGCUUCGGCCAGGUUUGGCUCUCCCACAAGUUGACUUUGAAGCCUUGCGCGCAGAGAUACAGGCUAUGUUUCCUCACCCACGACCCACCGACUGUGACGUAUCAAGCUACAUUCUGUUCCCAGAGGUGUACAUGGAAUACAGGCGCUUCAAACAACAAUUCGGAGACGUCACUCAAGUCCCGACCGAGGUUUUUGUGACGACGAUGACGCCAGGGCAAGAGAUCAGCGUGCAGACGGCGGAUAGAAAGACCUGGAGAGUCAAACUGGGUGCCGUCGGGACAGCAGAUGAAGACGGAAUGCGUGAUAUCUGGUGGCUUGUCAAUGGGGUUUGGAAGCUAGGACGGAGCUUGGAUAACGCAGCGCAACCUCCCCCCAAACGUAUCAAGGCAAAUCCCCUCGAUCGAGAAGAUAUCGGAUCGCCUAUGGCUGGGCGUAUUGCGCGGGUAUUUUUGGAAGAAGGCGAUUCGGUGCAGGAGGGCGACAGCGUGAUAUUGAUCUCGGCCAUGAAAAUGGAGAUUAAAGUCAGCGCAAAAUGCAGGGGUCACAUUGCGCAAUUAGCAGUGCAACAAGGUGAUAUGGUAGAGAAGAAUGAUCUUUUGUUCCGUAUGGAGUCUCGUGUAUAA